AUGUACAGCCCAGUUGCUGCUGGGUUUAAUCUGCAGCUGAGAAAAAUGAAGCUUAUAAGAGUUAAACUUCCUAUCCAUUACUGCAGCCUCACUCAGCAGCUGAUAUUUGGCGUAAGUACUUUCAAGCUGAUGUUUGCUGCCCUGUGGGAAUUGAAAAUAGCCUUGAUUACAAUCUUCACCCUGAACGGAAUGGACAGACCCCAUGGGGGCACUGCACAGAUUGGAGGGGGCGGCCACAGAAACACAUCUGUGCCUUAUUUCUUUUCGGCGCUGAGUGAUACUCCAUACUUGGAUAUCGUAUUGUCCUCAUCUGGAAUGGAAAGGAGCUUUUUGUACCAGGUCAUUGUUCUUGUGGUCCUUCGGGUGGCCGGCUUCUUGACAAGCACUGUUCAGGAUCUCCAAUGGAGUCCAAACCAGGAAGAACUCCCACAUCUAUUUCUGGAAUCACGCAGUCCUCUUUUCUCCUUCACGUUUCUUGCUACUUCCACGUUGUCCACGAGAUGGCGCCAGAUACCAAUAAUUGAAGAUGGAAGCGGUGGGCCUAAGAACAGUCACUUAAGCUGUGGAUGGAUCUUGAAAGAAUAUAUCAACUUUGCCUCUUCUAAUUCUUCUAGAAUAUAUUCUUAG